AAUUUCGAGGCAACUCAGUCUGGCUCUGACCGUGAUCCGAAGUGGACGGGUCUACACAAUCGCGUACCAUCGAAUAAAUAACCAACGAACGUUGAGCUUUUUCUCCACCCCCUAGAGUGUGUCUGUGUGUGUGAGUGUGUGUAUACGUGGUGUAUGUGUGAGCGGGCGUUGGAUUAGGGGUUGUGUGUAAGAGAAAAAAAGCUCUUUGUUCUUCUCCCUCUUUGUGUUUGCCUUACUCGACUUGCAACACACACAGCAUAAGAGGUUGCCUUUUAAGAAACAGCUUGGCAUUUGCUCUGUUUUUGGUUACUCUUUACUAUAAUCAAGCAGCUAAAUUUACAUAGGCUGGCAGUGUAAAUUAAUCCACCAAGGCUUGCCAAACAACUACCACCAUAGCUCCCCAAGAACAUCCAGGUCUGCAGCAGCGUGGUGUGGCAGGGGUGCUAAUGCCGAUGGCUUUGUUAGGGCCCAGUGCCCGGCAACAGCAAUCAGGAAACGGAAGAGGGGGAAACUUCAACGAUCCUGCAGCUAUGUCAGCUGGCUUAGGAAUGCAAGCCUACCACAGCGCAGCAGCUCCAGCCUCUCACUCCCAGCAUGCAAUUCUGGCUGCUGCUGCUGCUGCCGCUGCUGCAGCAGCUCACAACCAAGGAUUAACACAAGCUGCUUCUGGAUUUUACCCAGCCAACAGUCAUCAUCCUCAACAGCAACAACAGCAGCCUCAACAACAAACACAUCAUUCCAGCAGCAACAAUGGUAGCAAUAAUACACAACAACCAGCUCAGGAGGCCCAACCAGACAGACCCAUUGGUUACGGCGCUUUUGGAGUCGUUUGGUCGGUGACGGAUCCGCGCGAUGGUAAACGUGUCGCUUUAAAGAAAAUGCCGAACGUCUUCCAGUCGCUCGUUUCAUCGAAACGUGUCUUUCGCGAGUUGAAAAUGCUAUGCUUCUUCAAGCACGAUAAUGUGUUAUCAGCUCUGGACAUUUUACAGCCUCCGCAUAUCGACUUUUUCCAAGAGAUAUACGUCAUUACGGAAUUGAUGCAAAGUGACUUGCACAAGAUUAUCGUUUCGCCGCAGCACCUCUCCACUGAUCACAUCAAAGUUUUUCUCUAUCAGAUCUUACGAGGAUUGAAAUAUUUACAUUCUGCGAGGAUCCUCCACCGUGACAUUAAACCUGGCAAUCUCUUGGUCAACAGCAAUUGCUUGCUCAAAAUAUGUGAUUUUGGAUUGGCACGAGUUGAAGAGGCGGACGCUAACAAGGCCAUGACGCAAGAAGUCGUGACGCAAUACUACCGCGCACCGGAAAUUUUGAUGGGCGCGCGUCAUUACAGCUCAGCUGUUGAUGUGUGGUCGAUUGGCUGCAUCUUCGGCGAACUCCUCGGUCGUCGAAUUCUUUUCCAAGCUCAGACUCCCAUCCAGCAGUUGGAAUUGAUCACUGAUCUUCUUGGCACGCCCAAUGUGGAGGAUAUGUCCACAGCAUGUGAAGCUGCCCGUAAACACAUGAUUCGUCGUCCAGCUAAGCCUCCUUCAUUGGCCGCUUUGUACACCUUGUCUUCGCAAGCGACACACGAGGCCGUCCACCUUCUCAGCCAGAUGUUGGUCUUCAAUCCGGAAAAACGAAUCAACGUUAUUGACGCUUUGGCCCAUCCAUAUUUGGAUGAAGGUCGACUCCGUUUUCAUUCGUGCAUGUGUCGCUGUUGCCAAACAGCCACACAGCCGGGAUCUGUGGCCGUUCGUCGUUACGCUGCAGAUUUGGAACCUUCUGCCGUCCAACCGUUCGAGGAUCAUUGGGAACGUGAACUCACCUCCACCCAUCAAGUCCGCGAAAAGUUGCACAAGUUCAUCAUGGACCAGCUGAUGAGUAGUCAAGUGCCGCUGUGCAUUAAUCCUCAAUCAGCGGCUUACAAGAGCUUUGCCAGUUCGACGAUGGCUGGAUUUUUGAGCGAUGGAACGUCCAGGUUCACCUGCAAUGGACAAGUAGUGAAGCACAACAUGGGUUGUUCAACGUUCGCCGAGUACACUGUCGUUAAUGAGACCAACGUCUCCAAGAUCGAUCCCACUGCGCCACUGGAUAAAGUUUGCUUGAUUGGAUGUGCCAUCGCCACCGGAUACGGUGCAGCUCUCAAUACCGCUAAAGUUCGGCCUGGAUCGACUGUGGCUAUUUGGGGGUUGGGCGGAGUGGGACUUGCUGCAGCUAUGGGAGCAAAAAAAGCCGGAGCAGCUAGGAUUAUCGGAGUAGAUAUCAAUCCAGCUAAAGCUGAAAUCGGAAAAAUGUUUGGAAUUACGGAAUUUGUUAAUCCAAAAGACCAUGAAGAGCCUAUCGAAAAAGUACUGGUUAAAAUUACUAAUGGCGGAGUUGACCACGCUCUGGAAUGCUGCGGAAUCGCAAGCUGCAUGAAAGCGGCUUUUGCGGCAUGCAAGGGAGGCGGAGGUGUUUUGACCCUGAUAGGAUUAGCCCCUCUAAGCGAAGACGUUUCCUUUCAACGCAUAUCAGUUCGUUGCUGGGAAAAGUGUCAACGGGACUUAUUUUGGAGGUGUUGGAAAAGCCGAGAUCAAGUUCCCAAAUUGGUUGAGGACUACCUGUCCAAAGAGCUGAUGGUCGAUGAACUCAUCACCCAUACUUUGCCGAUCGAGUCCAUCAAUGAUGCUGUUGACCUAAUGAAAAAAGGAGAUUGUGUGCGGAGCAUCGUAAAAUUUUGAAGGUAGAAUUCCAAGGAUUCUAAAUACGGAAGUGCAAGUCAUGAAUGAUUCAACUUGAGCUUGGUGGAGGUUAUCUUGCUUAUUAUUCCGAAAGAGCUUUUGCCUAGUGACUGCGAGAUUAACUGUAACAUCAGUGAAUAAAAUAUAGGACCUUA